AUGGAACUCUCCCCUAUCAACAUGUAUCGCACAUUCGCUACGCUAUGGAGUUUCCUAGUUAUGGGUGCAAAUGAUGCUGCUUAUGGCGCCUUGAUUCCCUAUUUGGAAACCUACUAUCACCUCAGCUACACAAUCGUGUCCCUCAUUUUCUUGUCUCCGUUGGUUGGCUAUACUUUAGCUGCGUUCUUCAAUCAACGAAUCCAUACUGCCUUUGGCCAGCGCGGGAUAGCGCUGAUGGGACCGGGAUGUCACUUGCUUGCUUAUAUCGUUAACUGCAUACAUCCGCCCUACCCGGUGUUGGUGAUAAGCUUCGUCUUCGCAGGAUUUGGAAAUGGUGUGGAGGACGGAGCCUGGAAUGCGUGGAUUGGAACAUGGCCAAUGCGAACGAGCUCCUGGGGGUUCUUCAUGGACUCUAUGGGCGAAUGUGCCUGGUACUAUUUCUAUUAUAUCAUGGUGGGCUGUGCGGCUAUUGAGUUGGUGACAUGUACUGUGUGCUUCUGGCAAGCUACUGGAGCGGAUUUCCGAGCAAAGACGGCCGCAGAACAGAACAAGGGUGGCUUGAAGGAUGCUCUCCUCACGAUGCCUUCUGCGAGAGUGACUUGGCUGUGUUCUUUGUUUCUGCUUGGCUACGUUGGUGUGGAGGUGGCCCUGGGAGGAUGGAUUGUCACUUUCAUGAUCCAGAUCCGCCAUGGAGCAGCCUUUGCUAGCGGUAUGGUUGCAACGGGAUUUUGGCUAGGGAUCACAGUGGGUCGUUUUAUCCUGGGCUUUGUUACCCCCCCGCAUAGGAGAGAAGAUGGCUAUCUCACCUUCGGGCUCGUUUUGUGGCUCGUGCCACAGUUCUACGCAUCCGCCGUCGCGGUGUCCCUCCAGGGCUUCUUCCUUGGACCCCUUUUUCCCGGCGCAGUGGUCAUGGUGACCAAGCUUUUACCCCGACAUUUGCAUGUGAGCUCAAUCGGAUUUGCUGCCGCUUUUGGCGGGUCGGGCGCAGCUAUUCUCCCUUUCGCAGUGGGAGCUUUGGCUCAAGCCAAAGGCGUGCAAGUUCUGCAGCCUUUCAUCAUUGGCCUGUCCGGUGCGAUCUUCUUGGCUUGGAUCGGGUUGCCGCGAGUCUCGAAGGCACAUCGAACUGAAUAG